CCGGCGGCCCGGCGGUGCCAGCAUGUCCGCCGCCGUGGCGUGCCUGGACUACUUCGCCGCUGAGUGCUUGGUGUCCAUGUCCGCGGGCGCCGUGGUUCACCGCCGCCCGCCGGACCCCGAGGGCGCGGGCGGAGCCGCCGGCUCGGAGGUGGGUGCGGCGCCGCCGGAGUCCGCUCUGCCGGGUCCGGGGCCACCGGGACCCGCGUCGGUCCCCCCGCUCCCCCAGGUCCCCGCCCCCAGCCCCGGCGCGGGCGGCGCCGCGCCCCACCUGCUGGCUGCAAGCGUCUUGGCUGACUUGCGCGGCGGCUCUGGGGAGGGCUUCGGGGAGAACUCGGAGGAAGCUCUGCGCGCCUCGCCCGGCUCCUCCGGCCCGACCCUGGGCUCAGAGCCGGCCCCGGCCUCCAGCGCGGCGGAGCUCUCCGGACCCGCGCACUCCUCUGGCGCGCUCGCGGUCCCCGGAGCGCCUGCCGUCCCCGGAGCGCCUGCCGUCCCUGGGGCGGUCCCGGGCGAGGCCCCUGGGGCCUGCCCCGCCCCCGCCACAGGUCCAGUGCCCCGUCGGAGGCCGGUGACACCUGCUGCCAAGCGCCAUCGCUGCCCCUUUCCGGGCUGCAACAAAGCCUAUUACAAGUCGUCGCAUCUGAAGUCCCACCAGCGCACCCACACGGGUGAGCGCCCUUUCUCCUGCGACUGGCUCGACUGCGACAAGAAGUUCACGCGCUCCGACGAGCUGGCCCGCCACUACAGGACGCACACGGGCGAGAAGCGCUUCUCCUGCCCCCUCUGCCCCAAGCAGUUCUCCCGGAGCGACCAUCUGACCAAGCACGCUCGCCGCCACCCAGCCUAUCAUCCCGACAUGAUCGAGUACCGCGGGCGCCGUCGCACUCCCCGCGUGGACUCGCAACCCACCGGUGUGGUGGACAGCUCCGGCUCCGUCCCCGGCCAGGCGCCCAGCCUCACCACCUGCCUGUCUGACAGUCAUUGCUGUUAAUCGUCCCAGCAAGGACGGUUCCCCCAGGCCGUUGUCCCUGCCUUUUCUUUGCCCGUCCCUCUUUUCCCAGAGUCGUUAGACCAAGGCACAAGACUGGUUCCUCCGCUUCGAGGGUCGGUUCAGGCAGGCACGUUGGACCCUGGGGAGGGACUGGGGGCCCGAAAAUAGCAGGAAUUCUUACAACAGGUAUAUCAACCUAAAAAGGAGGGUUGCCUCAAGACAGCCCUCUGGAACUGAUGAGAAGGGAUGAACCCCGGUACUCUCCCAGAGUCCUGAAGAUUCUCCCUUCCGUGGAACCAGAGAUGUGAAACUGGAAUUCUCAGGUGCCUGAGGAGCUUCCAGUCUCAAAGAACUCUGUGUCUUACCCACCCACCAGGGCGGACCUUGGAGAGGGUGUUAGGGGUGGCAGUCUUGGAAAUGUCCAGGACUGGGAUGGUGAGAGGCCUUUGGAAACAGAAAUGAUUUCUAUUUCUGUAAA